CAAACUCAACUUCAUGGACCUCUCCGAAACGCCCCUCCGACCCACCGCGCCCCGCAAGAGACUCCGCCGCAAAGCCUCGAACCAAUCCCUCCCUGCUCCCUCCUCCGGCGCUCGCGAGAUCCGCUCUUCAAAACACUUCUUCACCCGCGCCGCGACAAUCGACCUCGCAUACGGCACCAACGCCUCCUCCUCCCCCUCCCAUACCACCAACCCAUCCCCCGGAACCUCCUCCCAGCACACUCACCACAGACCAGGCUUCCCCCUGCACUCCCUCCCCAUCGACGCCGUGACCUUCCGCCCAGUCUUCUACCGCCGGCGGCUCGACGCAUCGACGCGGAACAGGAUAUACGUCAGGGACGAGGCGGUCGAUGGGCCGUUGUCGAAGAACUCACAGAGGCUGUUCAGGAGGGUGGAGAAGGGGGCGUUUGGGGGGCUUGUGCUGCAUAGUUCGAUGGUCGGGGCGAGUGUUGCGCGGAUGACGAAUAGCGUGGAUGUGUAUUGUCUGCAUUGAUUUUUAUUGUGUCGUGGAGUUGUUUGAGAUUUUCUUGGUUCUACUGUGAGGGGGGUUGUGAGGUAUAGAUGACGCGUGAUUGUAUUUGUUCUUUUGAUACUAUGCAAUAUCGAUAUGAUCCAUCAAUAUUCUUCUCAACC